AUGAACGAUCAGGGGGGCCCCGAGUCUUUCUAUAUAAGACCAUUCGCACUUUCGAUAAGCAUUGUUGAUGAUUCAUCGUUUGUAACCCCUCGAGUUGCUAUAUCUUAUAUUGAUAUAUUCAACUACUAUAUUCACUACAGCUUGGAAGACAAGGCCCUGGGAGAGACACGUACAAUAUAUGAGCGGGAAAUGUCGGCCAACGAGCGACACCCCGCGAGCGCCAUUGUGUGCAGGAAUUCUGCCUUGAGAAUAUUGAAGACUUUGCUCGCCCCUUAUUCUGUGAAUAUCUCUCGUGGUCAAGUCAUUGACCAGGAUGCACUCAUAACGGCAUUGAAAACCCCAGUACAGGAGGGUGGUUUGAGGGCUGCCGCGCUCGACGUAACAGAUCCGGAGCCUCUUCCAAAGGGACACGAGCUGUGGUCACUCCCCAAUGUGACUUUAACCCUUCAUAGAAGUGGGGUGAGUAGCCGGAGCCGUGAGCGUUUCCUGCAGGUAUUGGAAGCCAAUCUUGAACGCUGGGACGAAGGUCGGGAACUUCUGAAUGUUGUGUCCAAGAACAAAGGCUACUGA